GUCGGAGCCCUGACAUUUUCAUUCCUAUGCGUCCUGGGGUCUUCAUUGUUUGCCCUGGGCACGCAUUUGAGAGGGACGGCCGCCCUUCUACCUGUCAUGUUACUGGGCAGGUUGUUGUUUGGGGCGGGCAAUGGAUCUCUUACAAUUGUGCAAACUCGUCUGUCUGCCAUCUGGUUCAAAGAUAAAGAGCUUGCAAUGGCAUUCGGAGUGACCUUGGCAUUCUCAAGGCUGGGCAGUGUUCUCAACUUCCUGGUCACCGUCAGCUUUGCCGAUCGAUUUGGUCUUUCGUGGACUUUGUGGGGAGCUAUCCUGGUCGGAAUCCUUGAUAGGAUCGGUCUCAAACAAUUGGGAAUGGAGGAAACGAGCAAUCAGGAUGCUAAGAAGCUGAAAUUCACAGACAUCAAGCACUUCAACUUGCUCUAUUGGUUGAUAGAUCUGAGCAUCAUGUUCUUCUACAAUGGUGUCUUUCCUUUUGUGGCUGAUGCGAGUAAGUUCAUCCAAGACAAAUAUGGGUACAACCAGAAAGAUGCAUCAUACGUGUCAGGGGCGGUCUACUACCUUUCCAUGGUCCUAUCACCCUUCCUUGGAUAUGUUGUUGACAUCAUAGGGAAGAGAGAGGCUUUAACUUUUGCCUGCGCCAUCCUCACCACCCCCGUCUUCAUCCUCCCGGCAGUCACUGAUCUCUUCCCCAUCAUCCUCACUCUCUGGUUGGGUCUCACGUACUCCCUCGCUGCGGCGAGUAUGUGGCCCUCUAUUCCAUUGGUUGUCAUGCAGUCAGCCGUAGGCACAGCUAUGGGACUUGUUACUUCAAUUCAGAUGAUUGGCAUUGGACUGUCAAACAUCAUUGUGGGGGCCAUCCUAGAAACAAAAGAUCAAAACAAGUGA